AUGGACGAAUCUAAUGGACAGAUUUAUGGCCUGGAACUUCAAGCCCGAGCAUUGGCACCUCAAAUAGGAGAGUCACAGGAAAUUCGAUUUUUCAUAGGUACUAAUUCACUCAAACCCUCGACAAAUCAAGUACAUUUAAUAGAGUAUAAUGAAGAGCGGUCCAACAUAAAAUCCAAAAUUUUUGAACAUCCGAUGGGAGAAGUAUGGAAGAUUGCGGCAAAUCCCCAUAAUCUUUAUGAAGUAUCUACGUGCUACAAUGAACAAAAUGGGAAUGCUAUAAGGACCAAGGCGGCCAUAUUGAAAUAUAGUGACGAGGUAGAGGGCAAACAUGAUUUAAAAUCAGAGUAUUUAUCAUGGGAUACUGUUGAAACCCUUGACACGAUGAAGUAUGGCGAUAAGGUGAAAUCCAUUGAAUUUCAUCCUACUCAAAAAGAAAAGUUGGCAUGUGUGGUGGACAACAAAGUUAUUUUAUUUGAUAGAGUUAGUGGAGGUGAAAGUAAAAUAGUGGAAAUUACCACAGGUACAUCAACUAAACACAUAAGUCCCUUCAGCGGGGGAAAGUGGUCCCAUCAUCAUCAGUGCCAGCAAUUCGUCGCACUACACGAUGCCAGUGUAAGGGCUUACGACAUUCGAGACCAACAUUUAGCUUGGAGUAUAGAGGACGCCCAUGGCCAGUUAGUACGGGACAUUGACUGUAAUCCGAAUAAACAGUGUCACUUUGUUACGGGAGGUGACGAUGGUUUCAUAAAAAUAUGGGAUUGUCGAAUGCCAAAAGAGCCAGUUUUUAUGAGAAAUGAUCACGCCCAUUGGGUGUGGUCGGUACGCUUCAAUAACUUCCAUGAUCAAUUGCUGCUUAGCAGUUCCAGCGACUGUAAAGUUUUACUUACGUGCGCCAGUUCAGUAAGCUCCGAAGCGCCUCUCUUAGAUAGCGAGUACCAAGAAAGAGUAUUACCAGAUGGAUUAUUACAGACUUUUGAACAACACGAAGAUUCAGUAUAUUGUGUGGAAUGGAGUAACGUUGAUCCAUGGAUAUUUGCUUCUCUAAGCUAUGAUGGACGGUUGCUAUUAUCUAAAGUACCAAAACAAUAUAAAUACCAAAUUAUAUUAUAA